CCGUCUGAAAAGCGGCAGUUCUGGCAGGAUGCCUUCGACUUGAGCUGCUUCAUUCGAAAACACCAAACUGGUGAAUUUUCGAAUGACUAUACGCCUACUUUGGAUGUUCAGUCAUCUCCUCUCCCGUGGAACACAGUACGCCGCAGAACCUCUAGAAACCACCUAACGGCUACCGCAGGGUAUCUAGAAAUCACUGUAUGGGAGAUACCUAGCAGCAGAGAGUUAUCCCCUAUGAGCAGAGAUACCCUUAAAAAUGCCGAUGCAGCGAUCAUCCUUUUUGAUAUGUGCAACAAAACGACCUUGGAGCAUGUUUCCUGGUGGGCGAGUAAGUGUCUAGCUCUGAGUUUAAUUCUAUUUACUAAUCACCAGAACUUUGCAGAUGAGCUGCGUUCGGCUACACAUAAUUCUUUCCCUAUAGUAAUAUGUGGAAAUAAGGCUGACAAGGCCGGGAGAGACCAAUGUACUAGUAGUUUGCAAAAUACAACUCAGAGCAAAUAUUACGAUAUAUCUGCCCUGAAUAACUCGAAUUUUGAAGAGCCAUGGCUCUACCUAUUUCGAGAAAUUUUCAAGGAUCCGAACCUGGUACCCAAGCCAUACCCAAUUGCUCAGAAAUCUGCUCCUACAAUUUGUUGCUUGCCAGUUAUAGAAGUCGACGCGGCACUUGCGAUUCAGAGGCAAAAAGAAAUGGAAAAAGCUGCGAGAGAACCUCUCCCAGACGGCUCGGAGGAUGACUCUGAUUUGUGA